AUGCCAGAAGAAGUGAUCAUGAAAGAAAUCGGUGGCUUAAAACGCGAGAUCAAGCGUGCAAAGUUGUUUGAAGUUCAACGGCUUGUCAGAAGACUCAGGCAGCUGGCCAACAAAAAGGGAUCUGAAACUCAAAUAAAAAAGAACCAAAGAAAGGUAGAGAGGUUUGAGAAAGAAUUGGAGUUUUUAAAAGACGUGGGUGUCGAUGAAAUCGCUCGCAGAAUUGCCAGUAAAAAUGGGGAAGACGGUCUUAAUAAUAAUCAAGCCAUCAAAGACAACAAGGAAGACCCUAGUGCGGAUUAUGUUCUUCAGGAAAAGGCUUUAGAUAGGGUUGUUAAUUCUACGAAAAUUAAAGAAUUUAUGAAAAGGGUAGAUGCUAGCAGGAAAGAUUUUGGUCGUUCUGAUGAAAAGAAAGACAACAAAAGGGCAGAAAGGCAACAAAACAUUGUGAAAGACAAGUCUAAAGAUACAACAAACAUUUUUGGUUUACCUGAUAUGAAGGCAUUGCUAGAUGAGGAAGCUGAAGUUGAUGACAAUAGAAAUUUUGUCGAAGGAAAACUGAUACUAAAAAGGAAACGAAAGCCAGAAAACGAAAAAGGGAAAGACGAGGUAUCUGAUGACAAACUGUCACAUCAUGUAAAUGAUGAGGAUAAAUUCAGCAGUGAUGGAGAAACAUCAAGAGUAAAAACAAAACAAAAGUUUGCUGAACAGAAGUUUUUUGUAGACAAGGGCUUUGCAACUGAGCCACUAGCAAGAGAAGAUGUUGAUAAUGACAGUGAUGGCUUUAUUUCAAACUCGGACCUUGAUGCAAGUGACUUUGAAGAAGAUGAGGAAGGCAGUGACAGUUUUCCAUCUCCAGAGCUUAAGUUCAAAGGCUUAGAGUCAUGUUUUGUGGGGACCAUGUCUGGCGCUAAAGGAGAUAAAGGCUUGAAGGGAAGAAAAAAGCAGAGGAAUGGAAAAGGAAGGUUGGGUGAUAGAAAAGGAAAAAGAAAUCGUAGAGGACAGCGUGCAAGACAGCAGAUGUGGGAGAAGAUCCAUGGAAAGAGGGCAAAACAUUUGUAUAAAAAUAACAUAAUUAAACCAAAGGAGUAUAAGGAAGAUAGGAAACAGACAAGUAAAGUCAAAGGUCAGCAUUCUGUCAAACGAAAGAGUGAUGAUGAGAGUUUACACCCAUCAUGGGAAGCUGUGAAAAGAAAAAGAUUGCAGGAAACAGUUAAGGUUGAGUUCAAAGGACAGAAAAUCAUAUUUGAUGAUUCAGAUUUAAAAUUAGGGAAGUAUUAG